AUGCAUACUUUAACAGUACAACUUCUCGACUGGAAGAUCAGAUACGAGGAGAGCGAUAAUGUUGCUGUGCGAAUAAUGCGUGGUAUUACGGAACGUGUCAGCAGUUUAUUUGGAACGCAAAACGAAGUAUCGGAAGUACUAACGGAAAUAGCAAAAGUUGACCCUUCAUUUGAUAAGGGCGAAUGGUUGCGAUUUUGUGAGAAAGACGUGAUUCCAAAUGUGCUCGAGGCAUUUAUACGAGGUGAUUUGGAGGUGCUGCAGGACUGGUGCCACGAAAGAGCUUUCGUUGCGCUAUCUACUAUCAUCAAAGAAUAUCAGAAAAUCAAGUUCAACACCAGUGACUCGCGAAUCAUUGAUAUCAGCAAAGUGGAGGUUUGUUAGAA